GUACAUACUUCAGUUGUUUAUCCUUGUUUAAGCUCUGUCAUACCACGUGUGAUAGUUAUCGUGUUAUCAGCUUCUGUAUACCUGUGUUGUUUAGUAUCUGAACCACUAAGAUAACAUCACAGAGAUUUUAUCAGUGUCAAGUGUUUUAACAGUGUCUUGAGCAGUGGCAUGGAUGUUGAACUGAUCUAGACAGCAUUGAAGGUCCAUUACUGAGCCAUGGGUCGAGAGGAGAGCUACAGCAUGGAGGAACGCGCCAACGGUGAGACGCCCACCACAAAGUCGAGACAUCAGAAGGAGCGGGACGGCCUGGUGAAGUCCAUGACACGGUCACAGAAAGUCGGGCUGUUCCUGACACUGGCCAUCAUCCUGUGUAUUGCUUUAACUGCUGGUCUUCUUGUUCACUUCCUCGUGCCACCCCACCAGGACAACGAUCAUCCCGAGUCUGUGCAGGAUCUCCACAACGGAAGUAGCCCGACGGCGGAGGUGGUCACUACUACACAUCCAGACACGGGAUGCAGCGACAGAUGUGUAUUUACGUUGGUAGAGUCCAUUCCCGAGAGUCUCCACUACCAAGACGAUGAACCGCCACACCCAAGCACGGGUCCGGCCAUCUUAGAUCUGAUACGGAACGCAGAGCAGACGAUAUCUGUGGCGUCUUUUUAUUGGACGUUGCAGAUGAAUGACACCACACCAACCGACUCAAGCUCCCAACAGGGACAAGAUGUGUUUGACGCCCUGUAUGACAUUGGAAGUCAAGGUCAAGUGAAAAUUCAAAUUGUACAGAAUCAGCCAUCAGCGGUGUUUCCAGAUGUCGACACAGUGAAACUUGCUGCGGCAGGUGCUGAUGUGCGGAGCAUGAACUUCACGCGGCUGGUUGGGGGCGGUGUACUUCACACCAAGAUGUGGCUAGUGGACGGACAACAUUUCUACGUCGGCAGCGCCAACAUCGACUGGAGAUCCUACACCCAGGUGAAAGAGUUGGGAGUGUUGGUGCAAAACUGCAGCUGUCUGGCAGACGACAUAGAAAAGAUCUUCCAGGUGUAUUGGCAGCUGGCCUCAGAGGAUGCCAGCGUCCCCGCCUCAUGGUCACAUGACUUCUCACCUGCCUUCAACAAGGACACGCCAUAUGUUGCCGACACGGGGACGGUGUAUCUCUCGAGCUCGCCACCUUCAUUUUGCCCUGAAGGUCGAACAGCUGACCUUGACGCCAUCCUGGACGUCAUCAGCAAGGCCAGGGACUUCAUUUACAUCGCCGUCAUGAAUUAUAUGCCCUUCAUACAACUGGAUUCAUACAGCAGGUACUGGCCGGUCCUGGAUGACGCGCUGAAGACUGCAGCCUACGACCACAACGUCACCGUCAACCUCCUGGUCAGCCGCUGGAACCAUUCCCACCCCGACAUGUUGCUGUACCUACGCUCCCUAGAGAUGUUUGGCAAGUCGGUGUUAACACACGUGGACUUGGAAGUGAGAGUAUUCGAGUUUCCAGUCAGCCAUGAUCAGGAACCGGGUCCAUACACACGGGUGAACCACAACAAGUAUAUGGUCACAGACAAACACGCAUAUAUCGGAACCUCUAACUGGUCAGGGAACUACUUUUUGUACACGGCGGGGAUAGGUUUCGUUAUGGAACAGCCGCAGUCUGAUAACGAGACGUUGUCCUUACGUCAACAGCUAGAGAAUGUAUUCCUCCGCGAUUGGAGCUCGAACUAUUCACAUCCUCUCUCCGACUACACAAACUAGUCCAGACGUACACCGUCUUGGUAUCUCGGCGUGAAGACAAGAAAUGCAGUUUAGCGCUGAAGUCACAAGGUUUGGAGAGAUGUCCGCAGGUUGCGUUAAGUGUUUGAGAUCCAGAUCAAAACAAAAUAAUUCUGGAUUCCUGAAUAUUGAGCUGUGAAACUGCUGGGGUAUUGAACACUUCAUCAAACAACACCAAAGGCAGCAGCAGCAACAACAACGACACUCAACCACGGACAGUAGAAUGUAAAUAUGAUUGAACAGUUAUACAGGUUUUAAUACCCAACCAUUACUAAUACUUUAUCGACCAUUAUUCCUGGUGUAUCCCAUGUAGCAUGUGUCGUGAGGACUAUCCCGGUGUUGUUAUGGAAGAUAAACCGUUGCACACCCGCCAACCAUAAUAUUGCGUAUGUUUGUGGAUUGCAACGACGUGUUCUCUAGAUGAUCAUCUCUUGAUCAUUUACGUUUGGCAAAGAAUUAAUAAGAAACAAGUUGAGACUUGUUGAAAACACUCUUUUCAGUGGAUUUCUGCUGGGAACGAUUACCCUGAAAAUUGUUAUUUCAGACGAUUUACCUUGGGCUAGUGACUAGCGGUGUCUCAUUGUACAGAUAAAUGCAUUGGACAGUAUAUGAGUAAAUAAGUAACCAAAA